UUUGGCUCAGAGUCUGUUCUGACAGUGAACCACAAGCAGUGUGUGGGAGCUAGGCUGACCAUUACCCUGAGUGCCCGUUGUCUCCAGCAAUCAUGGAGGGCUGCAAGCUGGCAGAGACGUGCCACCUGGAGCGGAGGGUGCGGAGGCGGCGGGAGGCCAAGGAAAUAAUCCUGACCAAGCUGAGCCACAGCUUCUCCUGCUCCGUCACCAAGGUGAAAAGCACCCUCACAGGCUUCUUCCCUGUGGUGCACUGGCUGCCAAAGUACAAGCUUAAGGAAUAUGUGUGGGGGGAUGUCAUGUCUGGCCUCAUAGUGGGCAUCAUCCUGGUCCCACAAGCCAUUGCCUAUUGCCUGCUGGCCGGCCUGGAGCCUAUCUAUGGCCUCUACACCUCCUUCUUUGCCAACAUAAUCUACUUCUUCAUGGGCACCUCCAAGCACGUGUCUGUGGGGAUCUUCAGUCUCAUGAGCCUGAUGGUGGGGCAGGUGGUGGAUAGAGAGGUCUAUCUGGCGGGGUUCGAUCUGAGCGAGGAUAGCAAACCGGCCACUCCAGGCUUGGACGGCAUUUUCAACGGCACUGGAGUCUCCAGUCCCUCCACAGUCAACUUGACCCUGGGAGGCUACAACAUCGAGUGCGGAAAGGAAUGCUAUGCCAUCAGUAUUGCAGCAGCCUUGACAUUUCUGGCUGGAGUAUACCAGGUUUUGAUGGCUGUGCUCCAACUAGGCUUUGUCUCAGUGUACCUCUCUGCUCCGAUGCUGGAUGGCUUUGCCACUGGUGCCUCCCUCACGAUCCUUACUGUGCAGGCUAAGUAUCUCUUAGGGCUUAAGAUCCCUCGACACCAAGGUUAUGGCACAGUAGUGGUCACUUGGAUAAAUAUCUUUAAAAAUAUCCACAAGACUAACUUCUGUGACAUGAUAACCAGUGCUAUCUGCAUCUCAGUCCUGGUGGCCGGAAAAGAGUUCCAGGAUCGCUACAAAAACCGUCUGAAAAUCCCUCUUCCCACUGAGCUGGUCGUGGUAGCAGCCGCUACUCUUGUGUCCCACUUUACUGACCUCCAUGGACGGUACAGCUCCAGCAUCUCAGGAGCUAUCCCUACAGGGUUCAUCCCGCCAAAGGUGCCCAGUAUUGACUUGAUGACUAAGGUGGCUUUUGAUGCCAUCCCGCUAGCUGUUAUCAGCUUUGCCUUCACGGUCUCGCUUUCUGAAAUGUUUGCCAAGAAGCAUGGCUACACUGUCAGAGCCAACCAAGAGAUGAUAGCCAUUGGCUUCUGCAACAUUAUCCCUUCCUUCUUCCAUUGCUUCACCACCAGUGCUGCCCUGGCUAAGACUAUGGUGAAAGAUUCCACAGGGUGCCAGACACAAGUUUCCAGUUUGGUGAGUGCAUUUGUCGUCCUCCUGGUCCUGCUCGUCUUUGCUCCAUUCUUCUACUCCCUUCAGAAGUGUGUCUUGGCCUGCAUCAUCAUAGUCAGUCUGAGGGGUGCCCUCCGCAAAUUCCGGGAUGUCCCCAGGCAAUGGCGUAUAAACAAGGUGGAUGCCAUUGUCUGGAUGGUCACCAUGAGUGCAUCAGCUCUGGUCAGCGUGGAGAUCGGACUGUUGGUCGGGGUAGUUUUCUCCAUGCUCUGUGUGGUAGCUAGAACCCAAAACCCGAAGGUGGCUCUUUUGGGCCAGAUUCAGCACACAAGCCACUACGAGGACAUCAGAGAAUAUGACAACCUCCUGGCAGUGCCCAAAGUGAAGAUAUUCCGCUUCCAGGCUCCACUGUACUAUGCCAACAAGGACAACUUUCUUAAGUGUUUGUAUAAGGCUGUGGGGCUGGAACCCUUCUUAGAGAUCACUAAAAGGAAGAAAGCAGAGAAGAAAGCCAAAGAGCAGGCUGCUAAACAGGCCAAAGGCUCAGACAGCACCAACGGGGAUGCAAAUCUGGGCCUGGUCCCCAGAGAUCUAGACUUCCACAGCAUCAUUUUAGACUGCUCUGCAAUAUCAUUCAUAGACACAACUGGCAUGCUCACCUUCAAGAUGGUUAUUAAAGACUAUAAAGACAUUGGUGUCAGAGUGCUACUGGCUUGUUGUAAUCCUCCAGUGAUAGAUGCACUUAAACGUGGGUCUGUUUUUGGGCCAGGCGACAAGGACAUGGAAAAUAUGAGUUUCCACAGUGUACACGGUGCCACCCUCUUUGCUCAAGACUCUGCAGCAACAGUUGGUGACUUAGCUGUGUAGAGAGGAAGACACUCAUAAUCAACAGUGCUAACAACAGGGAACCUGCCACAGACUCUAAGAACUUAUUGGAUAGCUUGUGUGAUUUUAUAUGGUAUGGAAAUUUUGUGCCUCACUUUUUAAUUUCAUUAUAUUGUUGUUGUUGUUUGCUAAGACCCACCAUGAUUCCAAUGUUUUGCACUCUCAUGUGAACCAGGCAAGUCUUACACUAUACAGACUUUGCGUACUUUCUCAGGUUACAAUGAGGCUAGUCCUCAGGAAGACAAAUGCAGGGAGUCUGAGCUGUGCAACUCUUAUGACUGCCACUCCCGUUUCUUAUUUAUAUCCUGUUGACUGACGUCUGUCAAACUGGGAUCUUGAAUCCUGUCUGAAGACUUUGCCUUGAUGACAGAGUAUCAUGCUAUGAGUAGAGAUUUUAGAGCACUGUUUACCAAUACAU